CAACCAACAAGAAGCUCGAAACAAACGUGCUGAAUUCCUAGCUCGUCGUUAAAAGGAGCUGCAGGCUGGCCAGCAGCCGGUUUGCACAGGAGCAAGCAAGACAAUCGCGCGCCCACCUGCGCGCGGGGCCGGUUGAUCGAUGGCGGCGUUCUGGUUCGUCGUCCUCCUCGUCGCCGGCUUCGCUGCCACCGCAGCCGACUCCACCUCGAAGCCGACGUAUGUCACCAGCCUUCCGGGCCUCGACGGCCCGCUGCCUUCCCGCCUCGAGACCGGGUACGUGACGGUCGACGAGGAGAACGGAGCGGAGCUGUUCUACUACUUCGUCGAGUCGGAGGGCGACCCCCGCCGUGACCCCGUCCUGCUCUGGCUCACCGGCGGCGACCGCUGCAGCGUGCUCAGCGGACUGGUCUUCGAGAUCGGUCCGGUGGAGCUCGUGAGGGAGCCCUACGACGGCGUGAGCCUACCGCGGCUGCGGCGCAACCCCAGCUCGUGGACCAAGGUCGCCAGCAUCCUCUUCGUCGACUCGCCGGUCGGCGCCGGCUUCUCCUUCUCCCGUGACCCCAGCGGCUACGACGUCGGCGACAUCUCCGCUUCGCUGCAGCUCGUCAAGUUUCUCCGCAAGUGGUUUAGCGAGCACGAAGAUUACCUUGCAAAUCCAUUCUACGUUGGAGGAGGUUCAUACGCCGGGAAGCUGGUUCCAUUCAUCACACAGAAGAUCUCAGAAGGCAUUGAAGCUGGGGUGAGGCCAACUAUUAACCUAAAGGGCUAUACGGUCGGUAGUCCUCUUACAGGUGAUAGCAGUGACUUUGAUUCGCGAGUGCCAUAUUGUCAUGGAGUUGGAAUCAUUUCGGAUCAGUUGUACAAGUGUCUCUUGUUUCUGCGUGCAUGCGACCGGCUGAAGACGAUAAUGUUGCACUGCCAUCGAAAAGGUUACAGCAAGCCCAGGAGUUUGAUUUGCUCAAAAGCUAUGUCCCAGUUCAACAAACUAUUUGACGAAAUUUCUGCGCCCCACAUUCUCUAUAGCAAGUGCAUUGCAGUGUCUCCAGGACCAAGCAAUGCAAGGACUACUAGUGGAAGAAAGAUAUUGAAGGAGGAGGUUGGCCUACUACAGAACCCACCGCCUCGUCCUGCAAUUGAAUGCGUUGAGUACACACACUAUCUAUUGUAUUUUUGGGUUAAUAACAAUGCCACGCUCGAAACUCUUGGGAUCAAGAAGGGGACCGUGAAUGAGUGGGUGAGGUGCCAUCAAGGGGAUCUACCUUAUGACGAGGAUAUCGAAAACAGCAUAAAGUAUCAUCGUAACGUUGUAUCACAGGAUUACCGAGCUUUGGUAUAUAGCGGCGACCAUGAUGCUGUUGUGCCAUUUCUUAGUACCCAAGCCUGGGUGAGAUCACUCACCGAUCUCGUUGUGGAUGACUGGAGAGCCUGGCAUCUUGAUGGCCAAUCUGCUGGAUUCACCAUUACGUAUGGAAACAAUGUGACAUUCACUACUGUGAAGAGUGGUGGACAUACUGUACCAGAGUACCAGCCAGAGAGAUGUUUCGCCAUGUUCAGCCGUUGGAUUUCCAACAGGCCACUUUGAUGAAUAUAUUAGAUAUUUGGAUGUACUCUAUCUAUUUACUUCAAUAAUGGUGGAUUUGAGUCCAGACAUCUUGUCAACAGAACUUAUUUGCAAUUUCUGCUUGAGAGGUAUUUGUAUAAAUAAGCACAUGUCUUAGUAGGAUAGAUCACAUGCUUAUGCCAUUUCAGAACUAGUACUCUGUUUCCAGUGGAAGACCGGGAUUGUUUAUCGGGCCGCAUUUGAUUAUCUUGGACUAAGAUUAAAACUGCAACAUUUUAUAGUUUUGUAAACUACCCUAUUAAUUAGUUCCAAAUUAAUAAACAAAUAUUGUUUGUGUUA